UCCUUAAUAGCUCUUGAUCCUGGAACUCUCGGAGCAUACCCUCAGCCAUCCACAUAUCUCUCUGUCCCGCCAUUCUCAUUCUCUCGUUUACUGCUUCAUAAUGGCCGAGCACGAGAAGGACUCUGUCCACCAACAAGAUUCGACGCCGCAGACAUUAGAAGAUCUCAAACACACCAAGACCGUCGACACCUUACAUAACGAUGAAGCCCUACGAGUACUCGCCCAAUAUGCUGGAGAUGCAAGUUGGACACCAGAAGAGGAGAGGAAGCUUGUGCGCCGACUCGACAGAAAGUUGAUCUCACUCUUGAUUGUCACGUAUGGCCUGCAAUACUACGAUAAAGCCAUGCUAUCGCAGGCUGCCCUUUUUGGCCUGCGGGAUGAUCUCAGGCUUACAACAGGCAACCGGUACUCUUUUUCGUCUUCGAUCUUCUACCUCGGGUUCAUUGUUGGGAGCUAUCCAGCAAUUCUCAUGUCUCAAAGAUGGCCCAUUGAGCGAGUGGCAGCCGGUAUUGUUGCGAUUUGGGGCAUUUGUCUGAUGUGCUCUGCUGCAUGUACCAAUUGGCAAGGUUUCUACGCCCAGAGAUUCUUCCUUGGCUUCCUUGAGUCCGGAGUGUCACCUAUGUUUAUGUUGAUCGUCGGCGGCUGGUAUAAGAAGCGCGAGCAAGCACUUCGAAUGGGCGCCUGGUACUCGGCAACAGGCUACGUCUCCAUGGUGUCUCCACUCAUCAAUUACGGCCUUGGUCACAUCAGUGGCGGAGGUCUCAAUUCGUGGCAAUAUAUGUACUUGGUUGCAGGAGCAAUCACGGUUCUAUGGUCUCUAGUCAUCCUCUUCUUCAUGCCGCCAGAUCCCAUCCGCGCACGAGGCUUCAGUGAUCGCGAGCGAUACAUUGCAGUCGCCCGUAUGAAGGAAAACAACUCGGGUGUGCGAAACAGACAUUUCAAGGUUGCUCAGCUGUGGGAGUCACUUUAUGACAUCAAGUUCUGGCUGAUCUUCAGCAUCGCCUUCCUCAUGAUGAUCGCAAACGGCCCAGUGUCUUCUUUCAUCCCUAUUAUUAUCUCAGGAUUCGGCUACAAUCGCCUUAACUCGUUGCUACUCACCAUGCCUGCAGGAGCUAUUAUCGGCACCAUCGAGCUUACUGCACCCUACUUCGCCUACAGGAUCCCUGGUAUUCGCACAUGGCUCAUCGUCAUCUGCCAAUGCGGCACCAUAACAGCAUCCAUCUUACUUUGGCGACUACCUCGGGGCGAGAAGGGCGGUCUACUGUUUGGAUGUUAUAUUCUGGCAAGUUUUGGUGGAGCAUACGCUGUACUUAUGGGACUGCAAAUUGCCAACACUGCAGGAUAUACUAAGAGAUCAGUCACAUCUUCUGGAAUCUUUGUGGGAUAUUGUUUGGGAAACUUUGUCGGGCCCCUACUCUUUAAGCCAGAAGACGCGCCGGCCUACGGUCCAGGAUUCGUUGCAGUACUUGCAACCGCAAUCGCUGCUGCUGCUCUUGCUGUUGUUUAUCGCUACGUCUGUAUAUGGGAAAAUCGCCGCCGCGACAAGUCCGGCACAAUGGAAGGCUUCGAUAACGCCUACGACGAUGAUCUCACGGAUAUGAAGAACCCACAGUUCAGAUACACGCUAUAACGUUUCAAUGUCUGCAACGCAACCGCGCUUGACUGGAAGUUGAGGAGCAGGAAAGGUCUGCUGAGCUUGCACCAUUGGGUAUUACCAUAGGAAUGUCUGCAUGCGUCGAAGCUCAAGCGCGCGUUCUCAAGUUUGUUGGUUCCGAUCGUGCCGACUUGCAGCACGUUAUGACUAGCGGUCCUGGCUCACAGGUAGGUAUUGCGGCCAGAUCACGAGAACAUCAUCGGUUUCCACGUUUUGUGGACGCGCGCUGUGCGGGGUCGGUGGAGUUUACUGGUUUUGAAAUGCAGAACCGCGCCCUUAUCCAAAGUAGAGCCACGGUUAAGUCUUCGCCGCCCCACAUCAUGCCGUCCGGACCACCAACAAGUAUAGCAGCAUGCAAGAAACAAUCCCCACGGGAACGAAUUGCCUUUAUCGAGCCUACGAUUGCGACAUGUAAACCCCUCUUCC